AUGGACAUUUGGGCUGCAUCAAGCAAAGAGGAUGCCUUGAGGACGCCAUCUCUCACUUCCUGUGACUCCUUCCCUUCUGUGCUGCUGACCAAUACGCUGCUGAUUCCGACCACCUGUACCGCCACUCACCACACGCGCCUCAGGCCUUAUCUCGUCUUUGCACGUCGCUCCUUUCGCCGCCGCCUGUCAAGCCCGCGUUCCGUCAUCAGGCGGGACUCCUCCAUCAUCACGCCGUCCACCACCCUUCGCAAGCGGAAGGCCGACGAGGCAGACAACUACCUCAGCCCCGCCGAGGAAUACCCCCAUAAGAAGACCAAUCACCCUGUUGUUACUCUACCAGCCACGCCCACAACCGACGCCGGCAAGAUGGACUCGGACGACGACUUCAACAGCUCCAUGAGCGGCGACGACUUUGACGACCAGGACAGCGACCUGGACUUGGAAGAGGACUCGGACUUUGACAUGGACCAAGAUGACGUCGGCUUUGAAUCACAGGACAAGGACAUCAAGCCCACGAAGCAGGCCUUCGAGGUAGACUUCAAAGUCUUCGACCCCGCCCAGAUCCAAGCACAGCAAGACAAGCAGGUCGACGAAGUCUCGAGCAUCCUCGGCCAGCCACCCGAAGCCGCCGCCAUCCUCCUGCGGCACCUGCGAUGGAACAAGGAGCGCCUGAUCGACCAAUACAUGGAGAAGACAGACGAGGUCCUAGAGCUAGCGGGUCUUUGCCAGGACUCUACCACCAAUCCGCCCAAAAUAGAGACGAUACCAGGCUUCGUCUGCGACAUCUGUUGCGACGACGACGCGAACCUGCGGAGCUUCGCCAUGAAGUGCGGACACCGGUUUUGCUUGGAUUGCUACAGGCAGUACCUCGGCACCAAGAUCCAAGACGAGGGAGAGGCUGCCCGCAUACGCUGUCCCGGAGAAGGCUGCACUCGCAUAGUCGACUCAAAAUCGCUAGACCUUCUCGUUACGGCAGAUCUCCAAGACAGAUACCACACCCUCCUCACGCGAACCUACGUCGACGAUAAAGAGAACCUCAAAUGGUGCCCUGCGCCCGACUGCAAGUACGCCGUGGAAUGCCCUGUAAAGAGCAAGGACCUCACCAAGAUCGUACCAACAGUACACUGCGAAUGCGGACACGACUUCUGCUUUGGAUGUACAUUGAACAACCACCAGCCUGCACCUUGCGCGCUGGUGAAGAAGUGGGUCAAGAAGUGCGAGGACGACUCAGAGACCGCCAAUUGGAUAUCGGCCAACACUAAGGAAUGCCCGAACUGUAACUCUACAAUCGAGAAGAACGGAGGGUGCAACCACAUGACGUGCAGGAAGUGCCGCAACGAGUUCUGUUGGAUGUGCAUGGGCAAGUGGUCGGAGCAUGGCACGAGCUGGUACAACUGCAAUCGCUUCGAAGAGAAGAGCGGAUCCGAAGCCCGCGACGCGCAGGCUAAGUCCCGGCAGUCGCUCGAACGAUACCUCCAUUACUACAAUCGCUUUGCGAACCACGAACAGUCGGCGAAGCUCGACAAGGACCUCUACCUUAAGACGGAGAAGAAGAUGCAACAGCUACAAAACUCAUCAGGCAUGUCGUGGAUUGAGGUGCAGUUCCUUGACCAGGCUUCACAUGCGCUUCAACAAUGCCGACAGGUGCUUAAGUGGACCUACGCCUUUGCCUACUACCUCGCCCGCAACAACCUAACGGAGAUCUUUGAGGACAACCAGAAGGAUCUGGAAAUGGCCGUCGAGAACCUCAGCGAGAUGUUCGAGAAGCCAAUCGAUCAGUUAAAAGACCUCAAGGUCGAUAUCCUUGACAAGACUUCAUACUGCACUAAGCGGAGGAUCAUCGUCCUCAACGACACAGCGGAGAACCUGAAGCUCGGCACAUGGAAAUUCAACGUAGACCUAGUCUAG